CUGACUCACGCAUGCGUGGUGACAGUCUUGGAUCUAUCGCCGCCGGUGCAUUCACAAAGCAGGAAAGUGGUAAAGCAGUGAGGACAAUUCGUUUCUGUAACGUUAAUCUAUUUCAAACUUUACAGGAUUUAAACUUAAAUUGGUUCAGUCAAAACACCUAAGCUCGAGCCUUGACUCAUGGCACAGUUUGGGGGACAGAAGAACCCUCCGUGGGCGGCUCAGUUUGCUGCCACAGUGGUGUCCCAGCCCGGCCACUCAGGACAGUCCCUGGACCUCAAUAGCAUACACUCUCUAGGUGUGCAGCAGCCAUCUCUCUUGGGUGCGUCUCCCUCUAUGUACUCCCAGCAGUCAGCCCUGGCUGCAGCCUCCCUCAACUCCCAGUCGGCUGCCGCUAACUACCAGUUGUCCCAGCAGACUUCAGCUCUGCAGCAGCAAGCCGCAGCCGCCGCCGCUGCAGCACUGCAACAGUCUCAAAUGAACUCAGCCCUGCAGCAGUAUCAGCAGCAGCAGCAGCAGCAACAACAGCAGCAGCAGCAACAGCAGCAACAACCUCCUCCACAGCAGCCUCCUCCUCAACAGCUCUAUAAUGUACCCCAUCAGCUCCCCCAGCCCCAGCAAGCGCUGAUUUCACAGAACUGGAGUGGUGAAAACAAAUUCCCGCCCCCUGUGGCUCUCCCCACCAGCCUCUCUCUGUCCAACCCCCAGCAGACAGCCCAGAUCACCGUGUCAUAUCCCACGCCUCGCUCUAGCCACCAGCAGCAGAGCCAGCAGCAGAGCCAGCAGCAAAGCCAGCCCCAGAAGCAGCGCGUCUUCACCGGCGUGGUCAACAAGCUGCAUGACACCUUUGGCUUUGUGGACGAGGACGUCUUCUUCCAGCUCAGUGCGGUGAAGGGGAAGACCCCCCAGGUGGGCGACAGGGUCCUAGUGGAGGCUGUGUAUAACCCCAACAUGCCCUUCAAAUGGAAUGCCCAGCGCAUUCAGACCUUACCUCAGCUGGCCAACCAAUCGCUUCAGCAGCAGCCCCAGUCCUUGCCUCCAGUUCCCCCACAGCUAAGCAGCUUCUAUGCUGACCCGGGGAUGCAUCAGCGCUACUCAGACAUGCACCCCGUUGGCAUGGACAGCAGACAAAAUAGUCAGCCUGGAGGCCCCAACUUGAUGAAGCUGGGCCCCAACAUGCUCCAGUCUCUGCCUCCCCCCAACAAUUUCAGUGUACAGGCCCAGGGCCCACCUCCCCUGCUCCAGGCCCAGCUCUCUGCUGCCUCCCUGGCCCCGCUCCUCCAGAACCCCCCUCCGCCCCUGCUGUCACAGCUACCACCCAAAGAUGUGUUCUCAGGAGGUCUGCUCCAGCCCCCAAGGAGGAUGAUGCCUCAGCCAGUCAGGCGUCUGGACCCCUCCCCCCGCUUCCCCAACCGCAACGACCGCCCUGAACUCAUCCUCAGGACCAAGGAUGAACGCAGUCGUGAAAGAGACCGUGAGCGCAGGAGGUCCAGAGAGCGCUCUCCCACACGUAAACGCUCCAGGGACCGUUCUCCGAGACGUGACCGAUCCCCCCGCCGCCCUCGCAGGGUGGUGCCUCGCUAUACUGUCCAGUUCUCCAAGUUCAGUCUGGACGGUUCUAACUGUGACAUGAUGGAGCUGAGGAGACGCUACCAGAGCCUGUACAUCCCCAGUGACUUCUUUAAUGCUGUGUUCACCUGGGUGGAUGGCUUCCCCCUGCAACGACCCUUCCAGUUCGGCAACUACUGUAACUUCCACAUCAUGCACAAGGAGGUGGACUCUCUGGUCAAAAACACUGCUGUGCUGGACCCACUCGAUGCCAACCACACAUACAGCGCUAAGGUGAUGUUGCUGGCCAACCCCAGUCUAGAGGAGCUCUACCAUAAGUCCUGUGCUCUGGCUGAGGACCCCCAAGAACUUAGAGACGCUUUCCAGCACCCCGCCCGCCUCAUCAAGUUCCUGGUGGGGAUGCGGGGUAAGGACGAGGCUAUGGCCAUCGGGGGCCACUGGUCCCCCUCCCUAGAUGGAGUGGACCCUGAGAAGGACCCGGCUGUGCUCAUAAAGACAGCCAUACGCUGUUGUAAGGCCCUCACAGGCAUAGACCUGAGUCUCUGCACUCAGUGGUAUCGUUUUGCAGAGAUUCGCUAUCAUCGCCCUGAGGAGACUCACAAGGGGCGGACAGUGCCCGCACAUGUGGAGACAGUGGUUUUGUUUCUCCCGGAUGUUUGGCAUUGUCUUCCUACCCGCUCAGAGUGGGAGGGGCUGUCGCGGGGACUCCGGGAGCAGCUGGCUGAGAAGCUGUCCGCCGAGAGGAAGGAGGCUGAUGGAGAACAGGAGGAAGAGGAGAAGGAUGAAGAAGAUUCGAAGGAGGUGACCACUCCGACACACUGGGCAAAGCUUGAUCCGAAAUCAAUGAAGGUGAAUGACCUUCGUAAGGAGUUAGAGUCCCGCUCCCUGAGCUCUAAGGGGUUAAAGUCCCAGCUGAUUGCCCGUCUUACCAAGCAGUUGAAGGUGGAGGAGCAGGUGGAGGAGGCCAAGGAGCCCGAGUUACCGGAGAGCCAGGCCCCGGAGGAGGAGGCUCCUCAACUCAUGGAGGAGGACAGAGAGGAGGAGGAGAGGAAGAAGCAGGAGGAGUUGGAGCGCCAGCGCAGAGAGAAGCGGUACGUCCUUCCAGACGAGCCCACCAUCAUCGUUUACCCCAACUGGGCGGCCAAGAGCGGAAAGUUUGACUGCAGCGUCAUGUCUCUGAGCGUGCUGCUGGACUACAGACUGGAGGACAACAAGGAACACUCCUUUGAGGUGUCUCUGUUUGCUGAGCUGUUUAAUGAGAUGCUACAGAGAGACUUUGGCUACAGGAUUUUCAAGGCCCUGGCCUCUGUGCCCUGCAAGGAUGACAAGAAAGACAAGAAGGUGAAGGCCAAGAAAGAGGCGGAGGAUGGCGAGGAGGGGGGUGAGAAGGAAGGUGAGGAGGGGGGUGAGAAGGAGGGCAAGGAUGGGGGUGAGAAGGAGGGCGCGGAAGGGGGUGAGAAGGAAGAGAAGGUGCUGAAAAAGGAGGAGUCUAUAGAGGAGAAGGAGGAGGAUGAGAGCAACAACACCAAUGCUGAGGAGUACGACCCUCUGGAGGCCGAAGAUGACGACGAUGAAGAUGAUAAAGACGAUGAGGACUCUAAUGGCAGGGACAGGACAGACGACAGGAAGUCCAAAGAGGGGUCCUCUAAAGACAAGGAGAAGAAGCAGAUGGUGACCUACAACAAGGACCUGCUCAUGGCCUUUGUCUACUUUGACCAGAGCCACUGUGGCUACCUGCUGGAAAAAGACCUGGAGGACAUCAUGUACACACUGGGGUUACAUCUGUCCAGAGCCCAGGUAAAGAAGUUGUUGAACAAGCCGGUGGUAAGAGAGUCGUGUUACUACCGUAAACUAACGGACGCAGCUAAAGACGAGGCUGCUCCUUCCUUCAGUGAAGGCCUGCUGGACAACCUGCUAGGUAACCGUGCGUUGCUGCCCAUGUUUGUGUCUCGUGGCCAGGCAGCGCAAGCGGAGGCUAGUGAGUCAGGAGGCAGCAGUCUGAUAGUGUAUAAUGGAGCCAUGGUGGAUGUGGGCAGCAUGAUGCAGAAACUGGAAAAGAGUGAGAAGGCCAGGGAGGAGAUUGAGCAGAAACUAAUGGUGCAGGACUCCAAAAUGGUCGAGGACACCAAGCAGAUCCUCCAGAUGGUAUCUGCUAAUAGAGUCCUGUCUAAAGAUCUGGAGGAGGUGAAGGGAACCCUGGGCCAGACAGAGAACAACCUCAGGACCACAGAGGAACAGAACACGGUCUACCACAACCAGCUUAGCAAGACACUUAACAACCUGGGCAAUGCCAUGAAUGAACUUCAGGGAGUCCUCAAGAAGGACGUUCCCACAGAAGCCACCCCUGACCAAAUAUCCCAAACAACCAAUGGUUCAGACGAAGUAAUGAAGGAGUUGGACAGUGAGUGAGUUGCCUAAUCGGACACAUUUCUUAUGAGCCUUGGAAAUAUGCGCUAAAAACAAGCAUCAUUUGAUUGAGUUUCAUUUGGACCCAUGGUUGUUGUUUUCCCCCACCAGGACCAUAUAUAGAUUCUCAUUGUUUGAGAACUAAAUGGCACUCUAUUCCCUUUGUAUUUCAUUGCUUUUGAUUGGAACCUAUAGGGCUCUAGUCAAAGUAGUGUACUAUAUAGGGAAUAUAGUUCCAUUUGGGACAGGCAUUCACUUAAUUGGUUCUAAUGUUUUCAUGUAACCUCACUGUUUUCACCUGAAAAUAAGAAAUAUGUUUAAUUGGUUUGAUAUCAAUUACAGUUUGAUUCUCUGUUAUUAUAAUGCAUUCUAAAAGUGAUAUUUAAAAAAAGAUUUUUGUUAGAAAUUGUGUGCAUGGCAUUGUGAAGUGCUUCUUUGUUUACGGUAUUAGUUUUAGAUUUCAGUAGCUUCCUCAAUUGAAUAUGAUCAUUUGAAUGUUUUGUUUAAUUCUGUAUUGCCCGUACAUUGCCUUGCCCAAAUAGCACCAUCACGUUGAUCCCAGUAUGUGUGACUUGUACAGGGUUCUCUCCAGGAUUUUUUAACAAGGUUGUACUGCUGAGUAUUGGGGGGGGGGGGGGGGGCAGAUUUUUGCUUUAUUUAACACCUCGAACUGCCAUUUUCUGUAAUCAAGAGAGAGAGAAAAUUGGCUUAAAAGAUAAUUUACAUAAUGGCGCAACCAGUCCACAAGGUGGCACAGCACCCCUCUUACAUUCUUAGGGGAGAACCCUGGUUGUACGUACUUCUAAUUAGCAAUAAUGGUGUUAUGUUAAAUUGGAUUCAUAAAAAAUAUAUUUAAAAUAAAUAAACAAUGAUAUUUGAAGGGGAGGAAUCAGGGAUUAGGACCUUGAAGAAACUGUUUUUGAUGAGUCAACAGAAUUGCUUUAUCACAUGUUCCUCCUCUUCUCUCUUAACUCUGUUCUUCUGACGGCUGAUCAUAAAACUCAUUAGUUAUUCUGUAUUUUCUACUGUUAUUCUUUGUAACUGACUGGCUGCCAUUGUUCUGAGACAUGAGUCGUAUUCAUUAGGGAACAACGUAGCAAAGCGUUUUGAAACGGAACACGAAAAUGAGUUUCUUAUUGUACAUGUUCAGAUAGUAUCUCCCCGUUUCGGCCCGGUUGCUUCCGUUUGGUGCCCAAUAAAUACGACCAUAGUUUUGCAUGCAGCUCCUUAUGUGAAACCUCAGUCUCUGAGGCCUAUUCCAGUAACAAGCUUGUUUUAUCCCAGGAGUUGUGAGACCAUGGUAGUGUUAUGUCCAUGUUGGGAUUGUUUAGUGUUUUUGUAUAUUGUAAAGGGAAGUAAAUGCAUAGCCAAACCAUAAACUGACUGUCUCCACUAACAUCAAAAGAAAUGCAGCCUCAGGUCUGGUCCUGCCUUUUGACCACAGAUAUAAUGGUUCUGAUUCUAGACCAAAACCAUAUGAGAAUACUACUGGAGUUCUGUUGUAAAAUUCUGGAUGUUCUAGAAGUGCUGUGUUUUCUGUUAUUGGGUUAUUGUAGAACUGUGAGGAGCUAUGAUUCUGUCCCUCUCUUCUCAGAUGAAGGUUGUGCAACAGGGAUGAUGAUGAUGAAUUCCUGGAUGAGAGCAAAACUUGAGAAAUGAGCCCAAAGCAGCCUACUGCAUUUAAUUUUUCUAUUGAAACUUGACUAUGGUUGUCCUGUGCAGAAUUAAAGUGGUCAAUUUUAUUGUU